UUUUUUAAACCCUUAGUAUUGACAUGACGUAUUUUAUGAAAUUCUGAGGCCUCCAGCACAUUUCCUAUCAAUAGUUUAUCAAUCUUGUCAUUACCUUGUGCCAGAGGGCCUGGCAGACCCGUAUGGGAUUGGAUGUGAGUUAUAUAUAAGUGAUGCUUCCUAUUCCUGAUUGUAUCCUAUUCCUGAAUAAAUAACAAAGUUAAUUCUGACUCAUCAGGAUAAAUUCUGCUGUUUCAAUAUGUAAAACCACUCUUUCAGCACACUGAGAGUCAGUAAAUAUGUUGAGAGGUUCUGCAAAAUCCAUUAUUACCACCAGAAUAGCAUAUAAUUCUGAUUUUUGAACCAAAUUAUAAGGACUUUGAACCACUUUAUUUAAAUUUUCUGAUUUGUAACUUGCCUUUUCUUUUUGGUUUGCAUCUGUAUAAAAUGCAGGAACUCCAGAUAUUGUAGUUUCCCCUACAAUGCGAGACAGGAUCCAAUCAGCUCUCUUUAUAAGUUGAAUUCUAUUGCUUUUGGGAUAUUUGCUGUUAAUUUCUCCCAAAAAAGUUACUGCAAGCUCUUUGCCAAGGUUCACUUUCUGCCCAUGAUUUGUCAAUGUCGUCCUUAGUUAAAGGUACUACAAUUUCUGCUGAGUCUAUUCCUGCUAAUUGACAAAGUCUUAAUUUUCCUUUUAAAAUCAACUCAGAGAUCUUUUCCACGUAAGUUUUAAUUUUUUACUCUGUUUAUUUGGUGGAAAUAUCCAUUCCAAUAUAAUAUCUCCCCUCUGCAUUAAAAUUCCGUAGGAGAAUGCUUAGAGGGUAAAAUAACCAAAAUGCAAUCCAGCUUUGGAUCCACAUGAUCCACAUGUGCAUCCUGUAUUUUCUUUUCCACCAAAGCCAAUUCUCUCUCAGCUUCAACUGAUAAUUCUCUUGAACUAUUUAAGUCCUUGUAUCUAAGGUUUUGAACAAAUUACUCAGUUCAUCAUUUUUUACCCCAACAAUAGUCUGUAGAUGGGAAAUGUCUCUGAAUAAUCUUUGAAAGUCAUUAAGAGUCCGUAAUUGAUCUCUUGUAAUUUGCAACUCUUGGGGUCUAACUUUUGUAAACCUAUUUUAUAUCCUAAAUAAUUAAUAGAAUCUCUUCUUUGUAUCUUUUCAGGAGCAAUUUGUAAUCCCCAACAAGGCAAAAUUUUCUUUACUUCUUCAAACAUUCUUUCUAAAGUAUCUGCAUUUGAAUCAGCUAGUAAAAUAUUGUCCAUCUAAUGGUAAAGUAUAGAUUUAGGAAAUUGUUUACAUAUUACUUCCAAUGGCUGUUGUACAAAAUGUUGGCAUGGGGUUGGGCUAUUCCACAUUCCCUGUGGGAGGACCCUCCAUUGAAAUCUUUUAACAGGCUGAGAAUUAUAAGUAGGCACCGUGAAGGCAAAUAUUUCUCUGUCUUUUUCUUGUAAGGGUAUUGAGAAGAAACAGUCUUUUAAAUUGAUUACUAUAAAAGGCCAUCCUUUAGGUAACAGAGUAGGCAAAGGAAUUCCAGAUUGUAGAGAGCCCAUUGGCUAAAUUAUCUUGUUAAUUGGUCUUAGGUCUGUUACCAUUCUCCAUUUACCAGAUUUCUUUUUAAUAACAAAUACAGGAGAAUUCCAAGGGCUGGUUGAUUCUUCAAUAUGCUGAGCAUUUAACUGCUCUUGUACCAGCUCUUCUAAGGCCUGCAGUUUCUCUGUUGUUAAAGGCCAUUGCUGAACCCAUACAGGCUUGUCUGUUAACCAUUUUAAACGUAGAGCUGUUGGUGUCUUUGAAAGAUCAACAGUUGUUGUGCUCUGUUCUUGUACAAUCUGGAUGGUCAGUGACUGUUCUUUAUAAUAUCUUCUAAUAUUUUUCCCAGAAACAUGUGUUAGUUUAUGAUUUGUUUCUGAUAUUGGAGGAAUGUUAAUCUGGGUAUUCCAUUGUUGUAAUAAAUCACAGCCCCAUAGAUUCAUAGCUAUAUUAGCCACAUAUGGCUUUAAUUUUCAUCUCUGUCCUUCUGGUCCUAUACAUUCAACCCAUCUUGUACUCUGUUUCACUUGAGAUAGUGUUCCAAUCCCUAACAGCUGAACAUUUACCUCCUGAAGAGGCCAAUUUGGAUGCUCAGAUUCUGGUGCAAUUAUUGUGACAUCCGCACCUCUGUGUACAAGACCCUCCAUGAGAAGGUCAUUUAUUUGUAUUUUUAAUUUUGGUCUUUGUUCAUUUAUAGAAGUUUGCCAAAAAAUUAGCUUUAUGGUUUCUCCUGAAUUUUUUCUUCUCUGUGCUACAGCUGUUCUAUCACCCUGAGCAGCCUGGUUUAUUACAAUAGGCAUUUGGUUAUUUAAUUCCUUUGAGAAGGGGUUUCUUCUAUGAUGUCAGGAAAGGCCUGAACUGAAUUUGCCAUGGUGGCCUCUGAGAGGCCCCUCACGGAGUUUCAAGAUUACUUUGUCUGUUCCUUGUUGAUCCUCUAUCAAAACAAGACAAAACAAAAACACAAGAAUAAAUAAAUAAGUAAGAAAGGCCAGAUGGGAUGGAGAGAUUGCUCAGUGCAUAAAGCACUCUCUGUAAAAGUGUGAGGACUGGAGUUUGGAUCUUCAGAAUCCACAGGAAUGCCUGUCAGACAUGGCAGCCCAACUGGAAUCCUAGUGCAAAGAUGGGAUCCCUGGGGCAAGUUAGUUAGCUAGACUAGCUGAAUUGGCAAGUUCUCUGUUCAAAUAAGAAACUCUAUCUCAAUAUAUAAGGUGGAACAUGCUUGAGGAAGACACCUGAUGUUGCAGCCCAUUUUUCCUAGUGGCUUUACCCAGCAGGUCUGAAUAAAGCGUUCCUAGCACUCACAUCCAAUGGCUCACAACCGCCUUUAACUCCAGCUCCAUAGGCUCUAAUGCCCUCUGCUGGCCUUCUUGGGCCCCUGCACACAUGAGGCUUAUACACACACACACACACACACACACACACACACACACACACACACACUAAACAAACAAAUAAAUAAAAGAACAGCUGGACCUGUUGACAAACACCUGUAAUUCCAGAAGAUGGGACUGUGAAGCUGGAGGAUCACUGGAAGUUCAAGGCCAGCCUGAGCCACAGUGUGAGGCAACGUGGGAAAAAAAGCCAGUUGUGGUGGCACAAGCCCAUAAUAAUUCCAAUAUUGGGAGGAUGAGGCAGAAAGGUGGUCAGUUCAAGGUCACACUGUAUUAAAGGGGAAAGAAAGGGGAAAAAAAGAGGAAAAAGAAAACAAGGGAAUUAGAAUCCCAGAUUCAGGGUCAGAGUGGCUUGUUGAGGAAGGAGCUAGGUGAAAAUGGCUAUAAAUUGCAGUACUCCAAGCUUUGUGCUGGGUAUUUGUUCAUUAUUAGCCUUCCAGUUUAUAGAUCAUUGGGGAAAGAGCUCUGAAUUGGGGCACAGUCUUUGCUAGUGUGCUUUUGAUAGGCUGGUCCAAGUAAAAUCUUGCAACCGCAGCAGGUGGCCCAAGGCUCCCUGAGGAGGAGCUGGCUUGCUCUCCAGGACCGAGGGGGUGUGGCGCGGCUGCGCGCGGAUUCCAGGAUUGCUGGAAGCAGCAAGAGAGGAGCUGGGAGUGUAGAGAGGCGAGCGCCUAGGACUCAGCCAUUGAGCGAAGGAGGCCUGUUCCUGGUACAGCUGCCGGUCAUGCCCACUGUCUGCCUUCUCCCAUUGUUAUUCUUCACCAUAGGAGGGUGCCUGGGUAGCAGCAGGCCCUUUCGUACCUUUGUGGUGACAGAUACCACACUGACUCACCUGGCUGUUCACCGAGUGACUGGGGAGGUGUUUGUAGGUGCAGUGAACCGAGUUUUCAAGCUGGCUCCAAACCUGACUGAGUUACGGGCUCAUGUCACAGGGCCCAUUGAGGACAAUGCUCGUUGCUACCCACCCCCUAGCAUGCGUGUAUGCUCCCACCGCCUGGUGCCUGUGGACAAUGUGAACAAGCUGCUCCUCAUAGACUAUGCAGCCCGUCGUCUGGUAGCUUGUGGCAGCAUCUGGCAGGGCAUCUGCCAAUUCCUGCGUCUGGAUGAUCUCUUCAAGUUGGGUGAGCCCCAUCAUCGCAAGGAGCACUACCUGUCAGGGGCCCAGGAGCCUGACUCCAUGGCUGGCGUCAUUGUUGAACAGGGCCAGGGGGCUAGCAAGCUGUUUGUGGGCACUGCUGUUGAUGGCAAGUCUGAAUACUUUCCCACCUUGAGUUCCCGUAAGCUCAUCGAUGAUGAAGACAGUGCAGAUAUGUUCAGUCUGGUGUACCAGGAUGAGUUUGUCUCCUCUCAGAUCAAGAUCCCUUCAGACACACUUUCCUUGUACCCUGCCUUUGACAUCUACUACAUAUAUGGCUUUGUCAGUGCCUCCUUCGUGUACUUCUUAACACUGCAGCUGGACACCCAGCAGACGCUGCUGGAUACAGCAGGCGAGAAAUUCUUCACAUCCAAGAUCGUGCGCAUGUGUUCAGGAGACUCAGAGUUCUACUCUUAUGUAGAGUUUCCCAUUGGCUGCUCCUGGCGUGGUGUGGAGUACCGCUUGGUGCAGAGUGCCCACCUGGCCAAGCCUGGCCUGCUACUGGCUCAGGCUCUGGGUGUGCCAGCUGAUGAGGAUGUCCUCUUCACCAUCUUCUCUCAGGGCCAGAAGAACCGAGCCAGCCCACCUCGGCAGACCAUUCUUUGCCUCUUCACCCUCAGCAACAUCAAUGCCCACAUCCGGCGCCGAAUCCAAUCAUGCUACCGUGGGGAGGGCACACUGGCCCUGCCCUGGCUGCUGAAUAAGGAGCUGCCAUGCAUCAACACCCCCAUGCAGAUCAAUGGAAACUUCUGUGGGUUAGUGUUGAAUCAACCAUUGGGUGGCCUACACGUGAUUGAGGGGCUACCCCUGCUGGCUGACAGCACUGAUGGCAUGGCCAGUGUAGCUGCCUAUACCUACCACCAGCACUCUGUGGUUUUCAUCGGUACACGCAGUGGUAAUCUCAAGAAGGUGCGGGUCGAUGGCUCUCAAGAUGCCCAGCUGUAUGAGACAGUCUCUGUAGUGGAGGGCAGCCCCAUACUCCGAGACCUGCUCUUUAGCCCUGACCAUCAGCACAUCUACCUCCUGAGUGAGAAGCAGGUGAGCCAACUCCCGGUGGAGACCUGUGAGCAGUAUCUGAGUUGCGCUGCAUGCCUGGGCUCAGGGGACCCACACUGUGGUUGGUGUGUGCUACAGCACAGGUGCUGCCGUGAAGGGGUCUGUCCAGGUGCCUCUGCCCCACAUGGCUUUGCAGAGGAGCUGAACAAAUGUGUGCAGGUGCGGGUCCGGCCCAAUAAUGUGUCAGUGACAACCCCCGGGGUGCAGCUGAUGGUAGCCAUGCGCAAUGUGCCAGACCUUAGUGCGGGUGUGAGUUGUUCAUUUGAGGAGGUGACUAAAAGUGAGGCUGUUCUGCUGCCCUCUGGAGAGCUGCGUUGCCCUUCACCAUCCCUUCAGGAGCUCCAGACACUUACCAGAGGGCAUGGGGCCACUCAUACUGUGCGGCUGCAGCUGCUCUCCAUGGAGACUGGUGUGAAGUUUGCUGGGGUUGACUUUGUCUUCUACAACUGCAGUGCCCUCCAGUCGUGCAUGUCCUGUGUUGGCAGCCCUUACCCCUGCCACUGGUGUAAGUACCGUCAUGUGUGUACCAGCCACCCACACGAGUGUUCCUUCCAGGAGGGCAGGGUCCACAGCCCUGAGGGCUGUCCUGAGAUCCUGCCUCGAGGAGACCUUUUGAUCCCUGUGGGUGUCAUGCAGCCUCUAACCCUGCGGGCUAAGAACCUGCCACAGCCUCAGUCAGGCCAGAAAAAUUAUGAAUGUGUGGUUCGUGUACAGGGUCGGCAGCAUCGGGUACCUGCAGUGCGCUUUAAUAGCAGCAGUGUACAGUGCCAGAAUGCCUCGUAUUUUUAUGAAGGUGAUGAGUUUGGUGACACCGAACUGGAUUUCUCUGUGGUCUGGGAUGGAGAUUUCCCCAUUGAUAAGCCUCCCAGCUUCCGAGCCCUUCUUUACAAGUGCUGGGCUCAGCGGCCUAGCUGUGGCCUCUGCCUCAAGGCUGAUCCCCGGUUCAACUGUGGCUGGUGCAUCUCAGAGCACAGGUGCCAACUGCGGGCUCACUGCCCAGCUCCCAAGAGCAACUGGAUGCACCCAAGCCAGAAGGGUGCCCGAUGCAGCCAUCCCCGAAUCACCCAGAUCCACCCACUCACAGGGCCCAAGGAGGGUGGUACCCGGGUCACCAUUGUGGGUGAGAACCUGGGCCUCACUUCCCGUGAGGUUGGCCUGCGAGUAGCUGGUGUACGUUGUAACUCCAUCCCUACUGAAUAUGUCAGUGCUGAAAGGAUCGUAUGUGAGAUGGAAGAAUCGCUGGUGCCCAGCCCACUACCUGGGCCUGCUGAGCUCUGUGUAGGUGACUGUUCGGCUGACUUCCGCACACAGUCCCAACAGCUCUACAGCUUUGUGACCCCAACAUUUGACCGUGUGAGUCCUACUCGAGGCCCAGCUUCUGGGGGCUCUCGGCUCACCAUCUCUGGAACUUCUCUGGAUGCUGGCAGCAGGGUCACAGUGAUUGUAAGAGAUGGCGAGUGCCAGUUUGUAAGGAGAGAUGCCGAGGCAAUCGUGUGUAUCUCACCUGUCUCCACUCUGGGCCCCAGUCAGGCCCCUAUCACCCUUGCCAUCGACCAUGCCAACAUCUCCAGCCCUGGAGUCAUCUAUACCUACACCCAGGACCCCACUGUCACACACCUUGAGCCCACCUGGAGCAUCAUCAAUGGAAGUACUGCCAUCACUGUGAGUGGAACCCAUCUGCUGACGGUGCAGGAACCCCGUGUACGGGCAAAGUACCGUGGUAUUGAGACUACUAAUACAUGCCAGGUGAUCAAUGACACUGCAAUGCUAUGUAAGGCCCCUGGCAUCUUCCUUGGGCGUCCUCAGCCUCGGGCUCAAGGCGAGCACCCUGAUGAAUUUGGCUUCUUGCUGGAUCAUGUGCAGACAGCCCGCUCCCUCAACCGUUCUUCCUUCACCUACUACCCUGAUCCCAGCUUUGAACCACUUGGGCCAUCUGGUGUGCUAGAUGUCAAGCCUGGCUCACAUGUUGUAUUGAAGGGCAAGAACCUGAUCCCUGCUGCAGCUGGCAGCUCCCGCCUCAACUAUACAGUACUGAUUGGAGGACAGCCAUGUGCACUAACUGUCUCAGAUACUCAACUUCUGUGUGAUUCCCCCAGCCAGACAGGCCGGCAGCCUGUCAUGGUGCUGGUGGGUGGCCUGGAGUUCUGGUUGGGCACCCUGCAUAUCACUGCUGAUCGGGCACUGACCUUACCGGCUAUAGUGGGGCUGGCAGCAGGGGGUGGGCUCUUGUUGCUGGCCAUCACUGCUGUGCUGGUCGCCUACAAGCGAAAGACUCAAGAUGCAGACCGAACACUCAAGAGGCUCCAGCUACAGAUGGACAACCUGGAGUCUCGUGUGGCCUUGGAGUGCAAAGAAGCUUUUGCUGAGCUGCAGACAGAUAUCAAUGAACUGACAAACCACAUGGAUGGUGUGCAGAUUCCCUUCUUGGACUAUCGGACCUAUGCUGUGCGUGUGCUUUUCCCUGGCAUUGAGGCCCACCCAGUGCUCAAGGAGCUGGAUACUCCCCCCAACAUGGAGAAGGCCCUGCGCCUAUUUGGGCAGCUGCUGCACAGCCGUGCCUUCCUGCUCACCUUCAUCCACACUUUGGAGGCUCAGAGCAGCUUCUCCAUGCGUGACCGUGGCACUGUAGCCUCACUUACCAUGGUGGCCCUGCAGAGUCGGCUUGACUAUGCCACUGGACUGCUGAAGCAACUGCUGGCCGACCUCAUAGAGAAAAACCUUGAGAGCAAGAACCACCCAAAGCUGCUAUUGCGCAGGACAGAGUCAGUGGCUGAGAAGAUGCUCACCAACUGGUUCACAUUCCUGCUGCAUAAGUUCCUGAAGGAGUGUGCCGGGGAGCCACUUUUCCUGCUGUACUGUGCCAUCAAGCAACAGAUGGAGAAAGGUCCCAUUGAUGCCAUAACAGGCGAGGCCCGCUACUCCUUAAGUGAGGACAAGCUCAUCCGGCAGCAGAUCGACUACAAGACCCUGACUCUUCAUUGUGUGUGUCCGGAGAGUGAGGGCAGUGCUCAGGUCCCUGUGAAGGUUCUCAAUUGUGACAGCAUCACCCAGGCUAAAGACAAACUGUUGGAUACUGUGUACAAGGGUAUCCCAUACUCUCAGCGCCCCAAAGCUGAGGACAUGGACUUGGAAUGGCGCCAGGGCCGCAUGGCCCGAAUCAUCCUUCAAGAUGAGGAUGUAACUACAAAGAUAGAGUAUGACUGGAAGAGGGUCAACUCACUGGCCCACUACCAGGUAACAGAUGGUUCCUUAGUAGCACUGGUGCCCAAACAAGUAUCUGCCUAUAACAUGGCCAACUCCUUCACCUUCACCCGUUCACUCAGUCGAUACGAGAGCUUGCUCCGUGCUGCCAGCAGCCCGGAUAGCCUCCGUUCCCGAGCACCUAUGCUCACACCUGACCAGGAGGCGGGCACCAAGCUGUGGCAUCUGGUGAAGAACCACGACCAUGCUGAUCACCGAGAGGGAGACCGUGGCAGCAAGAUGGUCUCAGAAAUAUAUCUGACAAGGCUGCUGGCCACCAAGGGCACAUUGCAGAAAUUUGUAGAUGACCUGUUUGAAACUGUGUUCAGUACAGCCCACCGGGGCUCAGCCUUACCCUUGGCCAUCAAGUACAUGUUUGACUUCCUGGACGAACAGGCUGACCAGCGCCAGAUCAGUGACCCUGAUGUGCGCCACACCUGGAAAAGCAACUGCUUACCUCUGCGUUUCUGGGUGAAUGUGAUCAAGAACCCACAGUUUGUGUUUGACAUCCACAAGAAUAGCAUCACGGAUGCCUGUUUGUCAGUGGUGGCCCAGACCUUCAUGGACUCCUGUUCUACAUCAGAGCACCGUCUGGGCAAGGACUCCCCUUCCAACAAGCUGCUCUAUGCCAAGGACAUCCCUAAUUACAAGAGCUGGGUGGAGAGGUACUACCGAGAUAUUGCAAAGAUGGCAUCAAUCAGUGACCAGGACAUGGAUGCCUAUCUGGUGGAACAGUCCCGCCUCCAUGCCAAUGACUUCAAUGUCCUAAGUGCACUCAGUGAGCUCUACUUCUAUGUCACCAAGUACCGUCAGGAGAUCCUUACAUCGCUGGACCGAGAUGCCUCUUGUCGGAAGCACAAGCUUCGACAGAAGCUGGAGCAGAUCAUCAGCCUGGUGUCCAGCAGUAGCUGAGUGGGGAGAUGGUGAGGAGGGGGUUUCUCACUUCUGAGCCAUUCUCCCAGCCAGGGGAGUAGUUGGCUCUAGCCUGAGUCUCCAGGGCUGAGACCCAGAUCUGGUGUUGUUGGGGAGGUUACCAGGCCAAGAUGCCCCCAUCACACCUGGGCCCCCUUCAUUAGUGCCUUGCUUUGGGCCCUGCAGGGGGAGGGGGUGACAGGACCGAGCUCUCCCCACCAGCAGCAGCAAUACCCCCACCCUCUUGCCCUUGUGUUUCCAUGUCAAGAGAGCUCUUGCCCUUCUAGCUCUGUAUACCCUACUCACCUAUUUAUUAACCUAACCCCACCUUAAUUUUCAUAUGUAAAUACACAUGCCCCAUGGGAUGUUGCCAGCCUCACAGACCUGCCUCCUUGGUUGAUUUGGGUCCUACUUCCUGUCCUGGUUCCUUUGUGACAUUGCCAGCCUUCACUUAGCCUCUGGCAUCUCACCUUUGCCCUGUAAGGCCCCACUUGCCCUAAGAGAGCCUCAGUACCAGCGGCAUUUGGGGUUGGAUAAUACAUCUGAAGCUGCCCUCAGAUUGGCUGGGCCUGGCCAGGCCAGUGUCCCUCUUCAGAUGUUUCAGGAGUCAGACCACAUUUUCAUGGGGCCUGUUGUCUCUAAGAGAACUAAAACCAGGUUGUGCUUGGGCCUGAUGUGGGCCUGGGCCUCUGGGACAUUCCUUGUGUCCCUACUGACAAACUUCCUCAGUGUUGUAGGCACUUGCCCUGAACCCCCUCAGCCUCAGCUGCCCCAUCAUGUGCCCACCUCUAGGGGCCAAGGUGGCAGUGCCUUACUGUUUCUCGUGUCUCCUGCCUCUGAGGAAUCUGGUCCUGUCUGAUGGUUCCAGAUCCCCCAGUCCACUUUUCUUUUGUUGCAUGAGUUUUUCUUUGUUGUUGUAAGUUUUUCCUAAUUAAAUGUUGGGAAAUGGGGUCAGUGCAUGUCUUUGUCUUUGGGGCAAGUACGUAGACCUGUUGGGCUAUGGAUGAGCUGGACUGUGGGAGGAAAUAUAACUCCUUAUAGAAUUUCUGAUGAUUUGAGGAAGAUCAUGGCCAUGUGUAGUUCAUUAGGCAAUCCUGGUGGUUCUAGCUUCAAGACUGAAUAAAUCUGCUUCCUUCUCCUUGCA